GGUGAACACAUGGAGAUGUGUGACGAACUUCUUGUGUAAUUGAAAAAAAUUGGGAAGAAAAAGUCACUUUAAGAACAUUUUAGGCGAAAAAGGAGUUAAGUGCUUUAGAGAUGAGAGACGCAACAUGACUGAGACUAGUGGCGUGGAUGAGCUCAGACUUCAAAGAUCCUACCUAGAUUCAAUGAUUACCACUUAUAUGAUUGAACCAAUAAGUUCUAUCCAGUUCUUGAAUGAAAAAUAUGCUUCCAAACGAAAGUGUGAGGAAUGAAGCAGCUGCAAGGGGUCCAUUAAACGUGGACGAUGGUCUUCAAAGUAAGCAAAGCACAAGAUACCCCAAAUUCAUUCAUGAUGCUUCCAAGGCAAAACGCGGAGUCGGCCAUGGCGAUGGCAACAUCAAAUUUAUGGUUGCAGAAACGGGGAAGCAAAGAGCUGUUGGCCCUCAAACCCCAUCACAUCCACAUCGCAUUCAAUCCCCUCCUUAAUUAUUGGACUUCAAUAGUGUUCUACAGUAUUCCCUUUUCUCUGUUCUUUUCAACACGUCCAAUUCACAAAAGUUCCCAUUUGAACUUUGUAAGAAACAAGGGAUUUCUUCAACAUUUUACUGCUUCCUCGAUUCGCGGAGUUGUGGGAAGUGAAAAGCGAAAGAAACCAAAGAAACAAUCAUAAUCACAUUGAUGAGAUUUCUCCUGGCAUGUGUGAUGAUGCUUCAUUUUCUGAUGGGGAGUUAACACUACUAGGAAGCUGCGGCUUUGUCAACCCCAAGAAGUUUGUGCACAUGGGGUUGCCAUUUGUCUAUUAAUAAACCUCCUAACCCCAUGGCUGUACAUUUAUAUAUUGUUUAUUUUUGGAAUCAGCUGCCACUUUGAUUUGGAUUUGUAUCUUUCGCAUCUGUUCUGCCAGAGGUAUUGUAAAAAGCAGCUGAGUGGGACUUUUGAGAGGCGAUUUCUUGAUAUUUUUUAGGAAUGUCAGUGGGAUUUGAAGGGGAUCUCAGGCAAAGUUGAGUACAUCGGAUCGAGUUAAAAGCAUUUACCGAUGGGUUCUUCUUGUUCCCUCGAAACAUGAUAGUUUGUUCUUUCAGGAGUUUUCUUCUGUUGGAUCGAUUUCAGGAUCAAAUAAGCUGUUUUGUUUGUCAAACUGGAGUGCCAGGAAGAUACUGGCGAAGUCUGCUGAUACUGAUAGUGUUUGAGAUUUGUUGGAAAUGGCUGAAAAUGCUGACCCAGAGGGGCGAUCUCUGGCUUUGACGCCCACAUGGUCUGUUGCUUCUGUAUUGACAAUUUUUGUGGCUGUUUCAUUGCUUGUUGAGCGGUCCAUCCAUAGGCUAAGCUCUUGGCUGGGAAAAACUCAUAGAAAGCCUUUAUUUGAGGCAGUGGAGAAAAUGAAAGAAGAGUUAAUGCUGCUUGGAUUCAUUUCUUUGCUUCUGACAGCAACGUCUAGCGUGAUAUCGAAUAUCUGCGUUCCAUCCAAGUUUUAUGAUACCUCUUUCACUCCAUGCACUCAGUCAGAGAUUGAUGAACAAAAUGAGGAUAAUAGUUCAUCUGAGAAGCGAAAGCUAUAUAUGGUGUCUGUUUUCCCACAUUUGUAUAGGAGGAUGUUAACUGUGAACAAAAAUACUUGCAAAGAGGGUCAUGAGCCAUUUGUUUCUUAUGAAGGUCUCGAACAAUUGCAUCGCUUUAUCUUUAUAAUGGCAGUAACUCAUAUAUUUUAUAGUUGCUUGACAAUGUUGCUGGCAAUUGUGAAGAUCCACAGUUGGAGAGUAUGGGAAAAUGAAGCUCACAUGGACCACCAUGAUUCAUUCAGUGAUACUACGAGAAAAAAGAUAAUGCAGAGACAAUCUACCUUUGUACAAUAUCACACCUCCAAUCCUUUAACCAGGAAGAGUGUUCUUAUUUGGAUGACAUGUUUCUUUCGGCAAUUUGGGCGUUCUGUUGUUCGUUCUGACUACCUUGCACUUCGCAAAGGCUUCAUCAUGAAUCACAAUCUCUCAUCAAAAUAUGAUUUCCAUAGCUACAUGGUUCGUUCGAUGGAAGAAGAAUUCCAGAGGAUAGUGGGUGUGAGCGGUCCACUAUGGGGAUUCGUUGUUGCAUUUCUCCUGUUUAAUGUGAAAGGGUCUAAUCUAUACUUUUGGAUAGCAACUAUUCCUGUUACUCUUGUUCUUUUAGUAGGCACAAAGUUACAGCAUAUUAUUGCAACUUUGACAUUGGAGAAUGCUGGUAUAACCGGCUUCGUUUCUGGAGCAAAGCUGAGGCCUCGUGACGAUCUUUUCUGGUUUAAGAAGCCUGAACUCCUGUUGUCCUUGAUCCAUUUUGUUCUUUUCCAGAAUGCUUUUGAAUUGGCUUCGUUCUUCUGGUUCUGGUGGCAAUUUGGAUACAGUUCUUGCUUCAUUAGUAAUCAUCUGCUUGUCUAUGUAAGGCUGAUCUUGGGGUUUGCUGGACAGUUUCUUUGCAGUUAUAGUACCUUGCCCUUGUAUGCACUGGUUACUCAGAUGGGAACAAACUACAAGGCUGCCUUAAUUCCACAAAGGAUAAGAGAAACAAUCCAUGGGUGGGGUAAGUCAGCUAGAAGGAAGAGAAGGCUCCGGAUAUUUACUGAUGAUGCCACAUUCAACACAGAAACAAGCACCGUGAUGUCACUAGAGGACGACGACAAUCCUGAUACACCCAAAGUUGUCAAUGGCUAUGCCGAAAUCGAGUUGCAGCCACCUACUCCAGUGAAUGCAUCCCUCUCUGUUGCUAAUGAUACAUCACGUGGGGUAAAAACCGGCCUUCAACCCUCUCGGUCCCUUUCUUCACCUGUCGCUCAAAACUUCGAUAUCGAAAACUCUUUAAGAAGCUCAUCUAUGCCGGUACGAAGAUAGCACGUAGCUAGUAAACAGAGCUAUAGAAAUAUCAUAUAAAUUAGCAUAAACUUGAGUAAAGAAGUUAGUACAAACAUAAUCGACAAGAUUAAAGUGUUCAAAAUGUGAGCCUAGAUAUUUGUUUAUAGGAUACUGAGCUUGUAUUCGUAGAAAACAGGACAUGAAGCUGCUUGUAUUGUAAUAUAUUCUCCCGACAAUGUAGGAAAGUUAUAGACUACAAUAAUAGAAGAGAGUUCCCAGAUAUUCCAUAUUUCA